AUGAAAUGGAGAAAAAUGGCGGAUCAUGUGCAGGGCCUUGCCCAGCUGGAGAUCCUGUGUAAGCAGCUGUACGAGACGACCGACACCGCCGUCCGACACCAGGCAGAGAAAGCGCUGGUGGAGUUCACCAACAGCCCCGACUGUCUCAGCAAAUGUCAGCUGCUACUGGAGAGAGGCAGCUCUUCGUACUCUCAGCUGCUUGCGGCGACCUGUUUAUCUAAACUGGUUUCUCGAACCAGUAACCCUCUGCCCCUCGAGCAACGCAUCGACAUCCGGAACUAUGUGCUGAAUUAUUUGGCGACGCGGCCGAAGUUAGCAGCGUUUGUGACCCAGGCGUUGAUCCAGCUGUACGCGAGGAUCACCAAGCUGGGCUGGUUCGACUGUCAGAAAGAUGACUACGUCUUCAGAAACGUCAUCGCCGAUGUGACGCGCUUCCUACAGGACAGCGUUGAGCACUGCAUCAUCGGUGUCACCAUCCUGUCCCAGCUGACGAAUGAGAUCAAUCAGGCGGACACGACGCAUCCUCUGACCAAACACAGGAAGAUCGCUUCGUCAUUCAGAGAUUCAUCCCUCUUCGAUAUUUUCACUCUUUCCUGUAAUCUCCUAAAGCAGGCUUCGGGGAAGAACCUGAACCUGAACGAUGAGUCUCAGCACGGUCUACUCAUGCAGCUGCUAAAACUCAGCUACAACUGUCUCAACUACGACUUUAUAGGAACGUCUACGGACGAGUCGUCGGACGAUCUCUGCACCGUACAGAUCCCCACUUCCUGGAGAUCAGCAUUUCUUGAUUCCUCCACCCUGCAGCUCUUUUUCAAUUUAUAUCAUUCCAUCCCUCCUUCCCUUUCCCCGUUGGUGUUGUCAUGUCUAGUCCAGAUCGCCUCGGUCCGGCGGUCCCUCUUCAACAACGCAGAGCGAGCCAAGUUCCUCUCGCACCUGGUGGACGGAGUCAAGAGGAUACUCGCCAACCCUCAGUGUUUGCCGGAUCCGAAUAACUACCACGAGUUCUGCCGUCUGCUGGCGAGGCUGAAGAGUAACUAUCAGCUGGGAGAGCUCGUCAAAGUAGAAAACUACCCUGAAGUCAUCCGGCUCAUAGCCAACUUCACCGUCACCAGUCUGCAGCACUGGGAGUUUGCUCCUAACAGCGUGCACUACCUGCUGAGUCUGUGGCAGCGUCUAGCAGCUUCUGUCCCGUACGUUAAAGCCACCGAGCCUCAUCUGCUGGAGACCUACACUCCUGAAGUCACUAAAGCCUACAUCACGUCCCGGCUGGAGUCGGUCCACGUCAUCCUCAGAGACGGGUUGGAAGACCCCCUGGACGACGCCGGUCUGGUCCAGCAGCAGUUGGACCAGCUGUCGACGAUCGGCAGGUGUGAGUACGAGAAGACGUGCGCUCUGCUCGUCCAGCUGUUCGACCAGGCGGCUCAAACCUACCAGGAGCUGCUGCAGUCCACCAACUCCAGCGCCGCAGACAUCACUGUGCAGGAGGGUCGGCUCACAUGGCUGGUUUAUAUCAUCGGAGCCGUGAUCGGAGGUCGAGUGUCGUUCGCCAGCACAGACGAGCAGGACGCCAUGGACGGAGAGUUAGUCUGUCGGGUGCUGCAGCUGAUGAACCUGACCGAGUCUCGGCUGGCGCAGGCCGGUAACGAGCGGCUGGAGCUCGCCAUGCUCAGCUUCUUCGAGCAGUUCAGAAAGAUUUACAUCGGCGACCAGGUGCAGAAAUCCUCAAAGCUUUAUCGACGACUAUCAGAGGUUCUUGGGUUGAAUGACGAGACGAUGGUACUCAGUGUCUUUAUAGGGAAAAUCAUCACAAACUUGAAGUACUGGGGCCAGUGUGAACCAAUCACCUCCAAGACACUCCAGCUACUCAACGACCUCUCUUUAGGGUACAGCAGCGUGAGGAAGUUAGUGAAGCUCAGCGCUGUCCAGUUCAUGUUGAAUAAUCACACGAGCGAGCACUUCUCCUUCCUGGGAGUGAACAACCAGUCCAACCUGAGCGACAUGCGGUGUCGGACCACCUUCUACACCGCGCUGGGCCGCCUGCUGAUGGUCGAUCUCGGCGAGGACGAGGACCAGUUUGAACAGUUCAUGCUUCCUCUGACGGCGGCGUUUGAAGCUGUGGCUCAAAUGUUGAGUACGAACACGUUCAAUGAGCAGGAGGCCAAGAGGACUUUGGUGGGUUUGGUGCGAGACCUCCGAGGCAUCGCCUUCGCCUUCAACGCCAAGACGAGUUUCAUGAUGCUGUUCGACUGGAUAUAUCCGGCCUACAUGCCGAUCCUGCAGCGAGCCAUCGAGCUGUGGUACCACGACCCAGCAUGCACCACUCCGGUCCUCAAGCUGAUGGCCGAGCUCGUCCACAACAGAUCUCAGCGGCUACAGUUUGACGUGUCGUCACCUAACGGCAUCCUACUGUUCAGAGAAACCAGCAAGAUGAUCACCACAUACGGGAACCGUAUCCUGACGUUGGGGGAAGUACCGAAGGAUCAGGUUUACGGAGUGAAGCUGAAGGGAGUGAGCGUGUGCUUCGCCAUGUUGAAGGCGGUGCUCAGCGGAAACUACGUCAACUUCGGGGUUUUCCGUCUCUAUGGCGACGACGCGCUCGACAACGCCUUACAGACCUUCAUCAAGCUCCUGCUGUCCAUCCCUCACAGUGACUUACUCGACUAUCCUAAACUCAGCCAGUCCUUCUACUCUCUGCUGGAGGUGCUGACGCAAGAUCACAUGAACUUCAUCGCCAGCCUGGAGCCUCACGUGGUCAUGUACAUCCUGUCCUCCAUAUCGGAGGGGCUCACCGCUCUCGAUACGAUGGUGUGUACAGGCUGCUGCUCCAGUCUGGAUCACAUAGUGACGUACUUGUUCAAGCAGCUCUCUCGCUCCACGAAGAAACGUCCGACUCCGAUGGCGACGGACGAUCGCUUCCUGCACAUCAUGCAGCAGCACCCAGAGAUGAUCCAACAGAUGCUGUCGACAGUGUUGAACAUCAUCAUCUUCGAGGACUGCAGGAACCAAUGGUCGAUGUCACGGCCGCUGCUAGGCCUCAUCCUGCUCAACGAGAAGUAUUUCGCUGACCUGAGGAACAGCAUCGUGAACAGUCAGCCUCCAGAGAAGCAGCAGGCCAUGCACUUAUGUUUCGAGAACUUGAUGGAGGGAAUCGAACGAAAUCUACUCACAAAGAAUCGAGACAGGUUCACCCAGAACUUGUCGGUGUUCAGGCGGGAAGUCAACGACAGCAUGAAGAACUCGACAUACGGCGUCAACAGCAACGACAUGAUGAGCUGACAUUCCACACAGUCUUAUCCAGCUGCAGACAGAGUUCACCCUUCCCUCACCCCUCCUCCUCCUCCACAGCCCCCUCCCCCCUCUCUGCGCCUCCUCCCCCCUCUGCAUC